ACCAAUCCAAAACCAUUUCCCCUUUCGCCUGGUUCCUGCCCUCCCCACGCCGCACCGCCGCCUCCGCCCACCGACGCCGUCCCGCUCGUUCUCCUCCGCCGGAACCCACGAGCACGCCUCGAAGCGGAGCAAAUCUCUGCACGUCUCCUACAGGAUCUGGAUCGGCUCCUGCUACUCCUCCUCCCUCUGUCGCAGCGCCGAGUUGCCGGAGCAGAUGGUGGGAUUUGGUAGCCUUGCGCCCAAGACCAAGAACCUGGUGGUGGGCGGCGGGCUGACAGGGUUCGUCUUUGGGGUGUACUACUACACCAUGAGAGCGGUUGGCAGCACUGAUGAGCUGCAGGUCGCCAUCGACAAGUUUGAAGACCUGAAGAAGAAGGACGCCGCAGCCACCCCCGCCGCAAACCCCUCCACCCCAGGCUCAUCGUAGGAAAAAACAUGCUCUUAAACUUUUGUUUCCCUGUACCGAGCUUCUAAACUAGUUACCUCACAAUUUGCAUGAUGAUAAUGGGUCAUGUUAGAUAGAGCUUUUUAUGGCAUGGGUGAGGUCCAGAUUUUUUUUUUUGAGGGUAAGUGAAGUCCAGAAUUAGUAAUGCUUUUGUGUUGGUUAUGGUGGCCGCGGAUAUACUACUGCUGGAGUAGAAUUUUUGGAGGCACAUUAUUGCGGUUUGUUGCUAUAUUACA